AUGACCAUGACUCGACUGCCACCUAAAAUCCGCGAUAAAUUCUUCACCGUCACUUUUAUCAUUGAAGUUCUCCUCCUGAUUCACCUUGUCUUGCUGGAGGUGGCUGUAGAGAUGGAUGUGGAGGUGGUGAAGUGGACUUUGCCUAUGGUGGAUGGCUUGUUUGCUGAGGUGUUCCUGACUCGCAGUACCACCACCUCAUCCCUGGUCGUGGGCUUGCAAAACUACGACCACUCGCCUCUCAGAUAUUUGGCAAUAUUUCAAGGCUUACCCCCUCAGCAUGCCCCUUCAACACGCCUCCUCAACAUGUCCCCUCAACACGCCCCCUCAACACGCCCCCUCAGCUUGGCCCACUCAAUACGCUCCCUCAACAUGGUACCCUCAGCACUCCCCCUCAACACGUCCCCUCAACACGCCCCCUCAACUUGGCCCCCACAACACGCCCCCUCAACACGCCUCCUCAAACGCUCCCCUCAGCAUGCCCCCAACACGCCUCCUCAACACAUCCCUCAACACGCCCCCAUCAACGCGCCCCCUCAACACGCCCCAUCAACACGCCCUCCCUCAACACCUCCCUAUCAACAUCGUGUCAAUCAACACACUUCCUCAACACGGCCCCCUCAACAGGCCCCCUCAACACGCUCCUUCAACAUGCCCCCCAUCAACAUGGUCCUCAUCAACACGCUCCCUUAA